CUUGCCCCUCCGUACCCACGUUUACCCCCUUUGCUUGCAUCAUCAGAUUCCUGUACAAUCGCGCUAUUCUCGGGCGUAAUGGCUGAUCUAGAAAGUUAUGAUAUUAUCGUUUUCGGGCAUACCGCCUUUGAUAUGUUCGUUAUUGAGCAAUGGGAUCCAGAGUCUGCCUUGACCAAGGAGGAGCAAAAGAAGACCCUUGUGCGCAAGUGGAUGAAGCUCGGCAACAUCGGACGCAAUCCCUACCUUCGGAAACUCGACGAUUUUGAUUGGGAGAUACCAGAGCAUGUCCCACAAGAUCUUCUGACCGACAAUGAGCGCCGUGUCAAUGGCCAACUUGGCGUGAGCAAUGGCUUUUGGGUCAGGACAUGGUACGGCUCGGAAAAGGCGGCAGCAUCAAUGUCACGUUCUGGUGGCGAGGCGACAGAAGCGGCUCAGACAGAGACGGUGAGCCGUGCCACGGCCGAUGCUGAUUAUCGUCGGCUUUGGCGAAGAGCCUUCUUUGAUGACCCGGACGACCCGGAUGAGGCCUUCGACGAUCAUCGUGCGUGGCAUAGAUCGUUCAUCUUCGACGACGACCCGGCUGCCUAUGGUGUGAUCCAACGCAGUGCAGAUGAGGAUGUAGCGCCAACUGGAUCCACACCUGACUUUAUAGUAAACGUGUUGAUGCACUGUCCUGACCAAUUGAUAGGGCUCAGUGGUGGCCAUGACCUGAGUCACGUUGAUGAGGACCACGACCAGAAUCUGCUGGUUAUGAUAGCUGACAGGAAAGCUUGCGAAAGCGGUUGGGUGCUUCAGAUUGGGUUGAAUAACAGGGGAGAAGUGCUUCCGGGGCGUGUCCGAUCCAAAGCGAGUCAAACAUCCACGGAAAAUGCCAAUUGGCAACCGGAGGGGAUUGCGUUGAGCGAAACUACAUUGCUGGAAGAUACAGAAAUAUAUGUUCAUCGAGGUGAUGGGUGGGCAAGUGACUAAGGAACUCAAGGCUAGCGAGAUAGUUAUUAUCGACUAGAAGGUUUCGCAGCAUCACAGUGAUCGGCCUCCCGCCCGUCUGUCAUCCAAAUCAUGGAGACUAGAGCAGUAUUCCCCUUUCAGAUUUCCAGAGCAUUGAUUU